AUGGCACCCGUCGGCGCUCUGCUCUGGCGUUCGCUCAGGACGUACCAGAUAUAUGGCGCCAACACCGAUGUCGGCAAGACCAUCUUCGCCUCGGCCCUGUGCAACGCGGCCCGCAACUUCUGGCCGCAGGAGAAGACGGCUUUCCUGAAACCCGUUUCUACGGGCCCGGCCGCCGAAGCCGACGAUAGUCAUAUCCAAAGGUAUGCGCCCGGCAUCGCGAAGAAGACGUUGUUUCAGUUUGAGAUUCCGACAAGUCCCCAUUUGGCUGCUGCAGUGUCAGACCAGCCGACCCCGUCAGAUAAUGAAGUAUUGAAGGGCAUCUACAACUACUCAUCCCGACGAGCGGCCAAAGGGCCGGGCUGGCUCUUCAUCGAAACGGCCGGUGGGGUCCAUUCUCCGGCCCCGUCCGGGACCCCGCAGGCCGACCUCUACGCCCCGCUCCGAUCCCCGGUCAUUUUCAUCGGCGACGCCAAGCUCGGCGGCAUCUCCCAAACCAUCUCCGCGUUUGAAUCCCUCAAGCUCCGCGGGUACAACGUCGAGACGAUUUUGCUUUUCCGAGACGGGUAUUACCAAAACGACACCUACUUGACCGACUACUUCGGACGCGGCCACGGCAUCCCCGUCACCGCGCUGGACCAGCCGCCCGCUCGCGCGCAAGAUGACCAGGCGGACGCAAAGGCCAUGUCUCGUUACUACGCGGAGAUGUCCUCGAGCGCAGCCAUCAAGGACACGUUGGACCACUUGCACGCCCGCCACCUCGCCCGCAUCUCUCGUCUGGAAAGCAUGUCCCGCGACGCGCACGAGGUCAUCUGGUACCCCUUCACACAGCACAAAGGGCUAACGCCCGACAAGAUCACGGCAAUCGACUCGGCACACGGAGACAACUUCCAGACUCUCAUCCCCCAGAGCCAAAACAAACAGACGGACGACCGCGCCGCGGCCCUCCUGCAGCCGUCUUUUGACGGUUCCUCGUCUUGGUGGACGCAAGGGCUCGGCCACGCCAACCCAAAACUCACCCUCGCAGCCGCCUACGCCGCCGGCCGCUACGGCCACGUAAUUUUCGCCUCCGCCGUCCACGAGCCCGCCCUGGCGCUCGCGCAAACGCUGCUCAAGGGCCUGCGGAACCCGCGCCUGUCGCGCGUCUUCUACUCCGACAACGGCAGCACGGGCAUGGAGGUCGCCGUCAAGAUGGGCCUGCGAGCCGCCAGGGUGCGGUACGGCUGGGCGGCCGGCGACAGGCUCGAGAUCCUCGGCCUCCGGGGCAGCUACCACGGCGACACCAUGGGCGCGAUGGACUCUACGGAGCCGUCCGUGUUCAACGAAAAGGUGGAGUGGUAUGACGGCAAGGGCUUCUGGUUUGAUUAUCCUUCCGUCAUGUGCAAGGGUGGCAAGUGGCAGGUGCGGGUUCCGGACGCUUUGCGGGAGGAAUUGGGUGCCGGUCAGGAGUUUGAUAGCUUGUCUGAGGUGUUUGACGUCGCCGGCAGAGGGAAGGCGGAACAGGCUCAGGUGUACGAGACGUACAUCGCCAGGGUGCUAAGUCGCCUCCGCGACCAAGGCCGCAAGUUUGGUGCGUUGGUCAUGGAGCCUGUAAUCCUCGGAGCGGGAGGCAUGAUCAUGGCCGAUCCCCUAUUCCAGAGCACCCUCGUCAAGGUUGUCCGGCAGCACCCCGAGCUUUUCGGAAUGACAACUAAGCCUCUAGCUACUUCAGACGACAACAGCACCUGGACCGGUCUCCCGGUAGUCUUUGACGAAGUCUUCACAGGUCUCACCCGUCUAGGCCGCUUCUCCGCCGCGUCAUUCCUCGGCGUCAACCCCGACGUCGUCGUCAACGCCAAGCUCCUCACGGGCGGCUUGGUACCCCUCUGCACCACAUCAGCUUCUGACAGCAUCUUCCGGGCCUUUGAGAGCGACGAGAAGAGCGACGCACUGCUACACGGUCACAGCUACACCGCGCACGCCGUCGGGUGCCAAGUGGCCCUCGAAUCGCUGCAAGAGCUCCAGAGAAUCGACCGGGACGGGGAGUGGGACUGGGCCAAGACGAACGGGUGGGCUUCGGCUUCGGCUGCAACAGUCACGGCGACCCACGCAGAGCCUGACGGCUCUCCUUCGGCAUGGUCUGUCUGGUCUCAGUCCUUUGUCGACUGGGUUUCGAAGCAGACCGAUCGGGUCGACGGUGUGUGGGCCUUGGGAUCUGUUCUUGCCAUUCAUUUGCAAGACAGCGAGGGUGCUGGCUAUUCGAGCAACGCGGCUGCGAACCUCCAAAGCGCUCUGCUCGACGGGGAGCAUGGGAGCGAGGGUGGGCGGUGGAACGUUCACAGCAGAGUUCUUGGAAAUGUCCUCUACGUGAUGACGAGCCAGACAACGAAGCAAGAGGAUAUCGAGAAGUUGGAACGGUUGUUGCGGAAAUCUCUUGACUGA